AUGUCAGAUACUAAUAUCAAAGCGAUUAGGAAAGAAAACGAAGCCUUAAAAGCAAAACUCGAAGCUGUCGUGAAAGAGAUGUCGUCUCUAAAAGAAAAACUCGACAAGCAAUGCCAGCCAUUACAAUCAAGCUCAACUGAGCAAGCAAAAAGCUUACAAUAUCUUAGUGAUGAAUACGAUGACUUGAAGUUAUUUAAAUCCUCAACAGACAAGGAAAUUAAACGAUUGGAUACGAAGCUCACUGAUAUAAUUCUAAUAUUCGACAAGAUAUCCGAACAAAUAGACGUGAUUGAACAGUACAGCUACAACUACAACGUGAAAAUUAUUGGCAUACCACAAACGCAAGACCGGAACAAAACCGCAGCAGAUACCGCAGAUAUCUGUAUCAAUCUAUUUCAUAGUAUUGGAGCAACUAACGUCAUAUUACAGGAUAUAGACAUUGCUCACAGAAUUCCGACUAGAGGUGUUAGCUCCAAACCCAAUAGUAUGAUUUGCAAGUUUACCAGACGCCUAGCGAAAGAGGCUGUUAUCUCAGAAAAGAAGGAAACUAGUAAGCUAACUCCAGCCGACUUCGGUCUUCAUCGCCGAGCGCGACUUGACCACAUCGGUAUCUUUGACCAUUUAACACCAAAAUUACAGCAACUCCUAUACGAAGCUAAACGCUUUAAAAUGGAAAACAACUAUCAAUAUUGCUGGUCGAAGUCUUCUGCCAUAAACGUCUGA